AUGAGAAGCGUACACCUGAUUUUGAUGCUGAGAGCAUACCGCUUCGUGAAAGCGAUAUUAAAAUACCUCGCUGCAGUGAAUCUUACCCCAGUACCGGUGUCAGGUCACCCGAUUUAUACUAGCUCCCAGGAUGUAUCUGUGAUUGUACCGACGAUUGACCCCGAUCCGUCGACAUUUCAAGAUGCGCUGUUGACGUGGUAUGAUAAUGGUCCACGAGAAAUCAUCAUUGUCACGACCCACGCCUACCUUAGCCAGGUCAGAGACCUUGUCGAUGAUGCUUUAAAAAAUGUUUCAGGGAAGUCCGGGAAGCAAAGCGGAGAAGUUGUCAAGGCCGUUGCCAUUCCUCAGGUUAAUAUUUUCAGUACUAUGCGCGCCAGUAAGAGGAAACAGCUCGCUCACGGCAUUUCCCAAACUAGUGGCAGGAUAGUGGUACUCUGCGAUGACGACGUCUUUUGGCCGACUAGCGACGUCAACCAUCAUGGCUUCUUAAGCCGUGUGCUGGCGUGCUUUGAGGACGCUCGUGUGGGCGGCGUGGGCACAUUACAGCGUGCCCGACCCCCAACAGUUGACGCCCAAGCACACAGCACAUUUGAACCUGAACCUAGUUAUGGUCAGGCCACGUCUCCUCCCAACUCGGUCACCUGUACCAUCGCCGAGGAGCUGGCGGCCUGGCGCCUGUGCCAGCGAAACUUCAGCAUAGCCGGCACCCAAUUCCUCGAUGGUAGUGUGACCUGCCUCUCCGGCCGCACCGCCGCCUAUCGUGCUUCGGUUCUCAAGGACGAAGCAUUCCUUCGACAGUUCACUCAUGACCUUUGGAGGGGAAAGCAACCCUUGGAUUCUGGCGACGACACAUUUAUUACGCGGUGGCUCUAUUCCCACGGCUGGCGUGCGAGGAUUCAAAUGGACUCCGAGGCAAGGAUCGAGACGACGGUCGCCAAAGAUUGGCGGAAGUUCGGCAAGCAAAUGCUAAGAUGGACGAGGAAUUCCAGGCGGAGUUACCUCAGGUGCUUAUUCGGUAUACCGAGUAUUUGGAGGUAA